GUGUUGUUUAAAUUAUUAGAAUUUUUAAAAAACACAUAGCUAUCUCGGUUUUUUAGAGAAGACUUCUGAAGUUUGGAUCGCACCCCAAUAAAAUAGAGAUAAAUUGGAAACAUGUUAUGGUUAAAGUACACUGAAAGAAAAAACUUGAAAAAAUAAAAUUGGAAUCAUUGUAUUGAUGUAUAAAUACAAUUUGCGAAACAAUAGAAAGCAUGGAGGUCCAGUGCGAAAGGAAAUAUCAACUGGCCUAUCUUCUUUUUUCAAUGCUCGUCCACACUCUUGGUUUAUUUAACUUUUCUGCGGUCAUAUCUUUACGCAUGUAUUAUGAUAUGGCGAAUUGCAAACAGGAUUACUUUAUGAAAUUCGGCUACUCUUUCAAAUACGGAUCCUUACUUAAUGCUACAUGUCAAUUGAUUUAUAACCUGAUCGCUUUAAUGGUUGAUUUAAUGACAUUUUCCUCUUACACUCAGGAUGCUCCUCCUCGAUGGUUGACGGUGAGAUCUUUCAUUAGAUCGACGAUUGCUCUGCCGUUCGGAUUUUAUACCUGUGCGAGAUUCUGGCUAUUUACUUGGUUGAAAUUAAAGAUAAUGGGGGUCGAUUGUUAUCCCAAUUGGUUCAGACAUUUCCUGUUCACGGUGAACCCGUUUCUGUUAAUAUGCGAUGUUUUCUGCUGCAAGGGCGAUGCUCCAGGAUCGAUAGUCGCGCUUGUCGUGAUAAAUAUUUUGUGUUCGAUGUAUUUCGUAUGGCUGCAUGUUAUUUAUCAAUUCACAGGCGUUUGGGCUGUUGCUUUCAUAAAAGAUUUCACAUUCCCGGGAAAGUUGGUUGGAUACAUAUUUAUCGCAUUGACGGUCUACAUAAAUUUUCUCAUUGGAAAGCUUUUAAAUAACAUUUUGUGGAAUGAAGAGUACGUCUCCCAUAUCCCGUGUUUAAGUGAUUAUGUCUCCGCGCCUCCUCGUUUCGUGUACGGGUAUCCUUCUAAAGAUUCUGCCACGUUCGGAAAAUAUUUGAGUGGCACAGCGAGCAUGUUUAUCGACCGACCGAACAAAAAGAAAACUCCUAAAUAAUGGUAAAUGUAAACCUAGUUACCACAUGUCUUAUUGUUUUUCGAAAGGAAAAUCCCUGUUUCCGUGGAGGUGACAUAUGUUGCCAUCUUCAUAUGGCGAAGGCGUUCGUGUUAUAAAUAGGGUGACUAUACUUGCUGCUUUGAUUGAAGAAAGAAUAAAAUAAUGAAGUUAAAUAGUAGAACUCGAAGGACGAGAAGAAAAAAUAAACAAUUUAAAUAAUAUUCUUGUAGUUUGUGUAUUGGGUUGUAAAUACGAUAAGUCCUUAGAUUUCAUGUUAUUUUUAUUGUGUUUUGAAGCGAUAUUUACUGAGUGAUUAUUUUUUUCUUACCC